UUACUUUCUCUGUGGGGUCAUUUUAGUUCAGUUCCAACGAAGUGAAUCUGAACAGAACUCAAAAACUCUUGUUUGGUCUGCGAUGGCGGAAGCUUCUAAUCCCGACACCGGCAAAGAGAACCCGACAUUCAAGAUCCGAAGACUAGAGAUCUCCGACAAGAGAAAAGGAUACAUGGAGCUUCUCGGUCAACUCACCGUCGCCGGACCACUCACCGACGACGAAUUCGAUCGGCGAUUCGAGGAAAUCAGGUCCUACGGAGACGACCACUUCAUCUGCGUGAUCGAAGACGAGUCUUCGGGGAAGAUCGUCGCGACGGGGAGCGUGAUGAUAGAGAAGAAGUUCUUAAGGAGCUGCGGGAAAGUCGGACACGUAGAGGACGUGGUCGUGGAUUCGGAGUUUCGCGGGAAGAAUCUGGGGAAGAGAGUUGUUGAGUUUCUGACGGAACAUAGCAGAUCUAUGGGUUGCUACAAGGUGAUGCUUGAUUGUAGCGUGGAGAAGAAAGGGUUCUACGAGAAGUGUGGGAUGUUCAAUAGAGCCAUUCAGAUGACCAAGUACUUCGAUUGAACACUCUCUCUCUCCGAUCACUAUCAUCUUGUUUGAUUACUUCGAUUGAACACUCUCCUUCCUCUGCUUCAUCUUCCUUUUCUCGUCACCAUCAGCCCUAGUUUUAAAACAGUCCCCUUUUCCACACUUUCCCAAUUAUGUAAUGUAAUCUUAUACGUAUCAUCUUCGUUUUCUUUCUUCACUUCUUGGCUCGUUGUAAUUUCAAUUCUUAUCUAGUCCUCAA